AUGCCAGCCAGAUCCCGUCAUGUGGUGCGCGGCAUGUUCAUCCAGUGGGAGGGCCUGAUCCAGAGUCUGAGGGACCAGGGCAUCGACUCCCUGCCUCCCCGGGAGGCUGAGCAGGCCGUGAAGUCAGGGAAGGCCGUCCUCGUGGAUGUUCGCCCCGCCAAGUUCCAUGAGCAGGCCCACAUCCCGGGGUCCAAGAACGUGCCCCUGUUCGAGUACCUCACGCUGUCCAACCUCAACGGCGUGGGCUCCGUCCUCAAAUUCAUCGCCAUGAAGGCCAAUGGCGUGCAGCCCACAGUGUUCAACCCCGAGUUCCUGCAAGGCAUCAAGGCCGCUGCGGGGGAGGACACGACCCUGAUCCUGUACUGCGAGGCCGGUGGGACGAUGGAGGCCUCCACCUCCUUUCCCUACGGCAAGGACUCCCGCUCCCUGAAGGCCAUUUGGAAGGUGACCAACGACAGCGUCCUGCCCUCGCAGCGGGUGCAGCACCUGGCGGGCGGGCUCUACGGCUGGUGGAGGGACGGGCGGGAUGUGGAGGGCGAGUACACCGGCGCUGAGGCUGGCCGGACCCCUAAUGCUGUGGCGUCCAGUGCAGGAGUCGGGGCCGCAGAUUCAGAGAAGCCUCUGGACACGCGGGAGGCAGAUGAGUGA